AUGGUGGUGCCCUUCACGCAUUUUCGUUUUCUGCUGCUCAUGCAGGUCGUGCGUCGUGGUGCUUCAUCGCUAUCGCAACGCAACGUCAGCAAAGACACGGAACAUCCCCCACCAUCGGCUAUGCCUGUUUUCGCCUUCAACUCGCAUCUUCUCGAUGACACCAUUCUCGCAACAUGUCCGGCACCCAUUUCUGGCCAGUGUCCGAUCCCAGCCUACGAACCUUGGGAGGACAGUCUCGUUGUUUUCAGCCUACAAAAGGCGGAAAUCGACAGUCUCGGCUUGGGGCGUGGAACCGGCACAGUCAUGGCGGUGCCCUUCACGCAUUUUCAUUUUCUGCUGCUCAUGCAGGUUUCGUGUGCUUUCUAUUUCUUGUGGCUACUGUUGUGCGGUGACGUUGAAUUAAAUCCCGGCCCUCCUUCCGCCGCGCAAGAAAAUCAGCUAGUUGAAUCAAUGCAACUAAUUCCUAGUAUGCACGAAGGACAAAAGACUGUAAUAAACGAACUGAAAGCCAUCAAAGAUUUGCAAACCACAUUCGAAAGAAAACUUGAGGGCUUAUUUACUCGUAUAGCUAUAAUUGAGAGCGAUGUGGCUACAAUUAAACCACUGAGGGGAGAACUUGAAGAACUUAAAGCGUCAAAUCGGGAACUGGAUACGCAGCUUAGAACAACAGCUUCGCGUCAAGAAGAACUGGAAAAUCAAUCUCAGAGAAACAAGCUGCUCAUCUACGGUUUGCCCGACGUGGCGGCUGAAACAUGGGAAGCUUCAGAGGCUAAGGCUUUAUCUCUUUUCGCCGAUAAGCUCGAUAUACACCUUGAAGCUACUAGCAUUGAACGAGUGCACAGGAUUGGCCGCUUUGCUGCUCAUAAAAACCGCCCUCUGAUUUCGAAGUUCCUGUCAUUUAAAGACAAGCAAAGGGUUCUUUCUAAGGCCUUCAAACUAAAACGAAGUGGUUUUUCUAUAAGCGACGAUUUUUCCCCUGCAGUACAGUUUGCAAGACGCAGACUUCUAGACUACGCCAGUGAGCAGAACGCGCAAUUUAAACUGCGAUACAACAAGUUAACUAUAGGCAACAGAACGUAUACGUACGAUCCAGAUAAUGGCACUGUGUUCGAAAAUGCCCGGUAA